AUGCCCGGCACCGGCGGCGAGGAGGCGCUGAGGCAGCAGUACGUCCUCGGCGAGGAGAUCGGUAGCGGCCGGUUCGGGGUCGUCCGCCGCUGCUACUCCGCCGCCACGGGGGAGUCCCUCGCCGUCAAGUCCACGCCCAAGGCGCCGCUCCGGGACAAGUCCGACCCGCUCGACCUGGCCCUGGCCGAGCAGGAGCCCAAGGUGCACCUCCUGGCCUCGGCGCCGCCCUGCAGCCCGCACGUGGUCGCGCUUCACGCCGCCUUCGAGGACGCGCACGCCGUCCACCUCGUCAUCGACCUCUGCGACGGCGGUGACCUCUUCUCCCUCGUCUCCGCCCGCGGCCGCCUCCCCGAGCGCGAGGCGGCCGGGAUCGCCGCCCAGCUCGCCUCCGCGCUCGCGGCCUGCCACCGCCGCGGGGUCGCGCACCGGGACGUCAAGCCCGACAACCUCCUCUUCGACGCCGCCACGGGCGCGCUCAAGCUCGGCGACUUCGGCUCCGCGGAGUGGUUCGGGGACGGGCGGGCCAUGUCGGGGCUGGUGGGCACGCCCUACUACGUGGCCCCCGAGGUGGUCGCCGGGAGGGAGUACGGCGAGAAGGUGGACGUGUGGAGCGCCGGGGUGGUGCUCUACAUGAUGCUCUCCGGGACCGUGCCCUUCUACGGCGCCACCGCGGCCGAGAUCUUCGCCGCCGUGCUCCGCGGCACCCUACGCUUCCCGCCGCGCGCGUUCGCGAACGUCUCGCCUGAGGCCAAGGACCUCGUGCGCCGCAUGCUCUGCAGGGACGUCUCCCGGAGGCUCUCCGCCGAGCAGGUCCUCAGGCAUCCAUGGAUUGUGAGCCGUGGGGGCAAUGCGGUGGCGGACUGAAGCCGAU